AUGCGAAAGAAGAAAAAGAAAGAGCGGCGACAUACUGCAACCUCCAUCAUCUCCCAUCAAACAUCCGCAACAGCACCACCUGCUGUUGCCACGACUGGCGGGAUCAACACCGCCGCAACUACAACUACUGCAAAGGACGAUGUUAGCCCCUUUGCGCGUGCAUAUGACCACGAUCUGGCUACAAAAUUCAGCGACAGUGUCGUCAACGAUCUGGAGUUACUCCUGUCCAUGGAGACACAAGCUCGGAUGGAUGCAUUGGAAGCACGUCAGCGACAGGAGGAGGAAGCCGCAGCCACAAACGCCGUAAAGUCAAGAAGGCUUACAUUUGAACUGCCUGCCCGACCCGAUACCAAAACGCCACCCAACACCAGUAAUACCACUAAUAGCAGUAACAUCAAUAACAACAGCAACAAUAAGUUGAGCCUCCUGCCAUCCAAAAACCGUCGUGGCAGUUUGGGUAGCAUCUAUAGCUCUGAAGAUGACGGCGACGAAGGCUAUGAUAAUGACAGCAUGUGCGAGUCUGGGCCAACAAACGACGACGAUGACUUUAUACCCCCACCAGUCCACAUGAACGCCCGCGUCCGGCUGAUCCGUCGUCCCUUACCAACAUAUGGCUCUGUUCGCUUCAUCGGCCAGGUUGACUUUGCCCCCGGCCAGGAAUGGAUUGGUGUCGAGUUGGAUAGCAGGGUUGGCAAAAAUGACGGUUCUGUCAAAGGCAAACGUUAUUUCACGACGGAUCGUGAUCGCGGUAUAUUCGUUCUCAGAGAAAACCUGUCUGUCGUUGUUUAA